AUGAACAACUUGGACUCAACUAAUUUGGAUAAAUCUCCACACUAUGCCUUCAAUACAGACUAAAAUUAUGGACUAUCAUCAAGCUUUCAAUCUAGCUCCUUUAAAUAUGUAGCCCCACCUGCUUAAAAGAAAUCAAAGAACAAAAUAAUGUUCAAAAAGAUCUUAGAAGAUGUAUUAGAUAAGAAGAACUGGUAGGAGAAAUGGAAGAAAAUUAAGGACUUUGUAAAGAAGAAGGGUGGAAAGGGGCAUGGAUAAGAAUCUGAAAGAGAUAAAGUGUUUAAUGCUAUCUUAGCUCUGUAUGCUGGUGAUGAGGAAGAUGAAGUAUUCAGUGAAUUAGCAAUACUAUACGAGAAAUACCCCGAAGAAGUUGAAUUCUAUGUUCCUUAACUGUGUACUUAUCUCUUCCAUUUCAAUGCUUAUCAACCAAAGGGAAGCUCUAUCCAUCCAACUAGCCAUUAAGGCCAACAUCAUUAGGAUCUAUUAGAGAAAUUCUUACUUAGCAAAGCUAGAAGAUCUUUAAAAUUCGCUCAUUUAAUUUUCUGGUAUAUUAUUGCAGGGUUAGAUGACACAGAGAGUAUUUAACUUAGCCAGCAUAAAACACCAGAGAUAUGGGACUUUCUUAAGAGGUUAAUUGAUACAGCUGAGGAAUAGAUUCCAAGAUUUUCACUUGGCAACUUAGAGGAGCUAAAAAAUCAAGAUGAGCUUCUUAAAAAUACCAUUCAACUUCCAAAUAAGGAGAAACUAGCAGAUACAGGCUCAUCAUCCAAAGUUCGUUAUGAUUAUACUUUGGGUAGCACUUAGCUAGACAGUAUUGCACUGAUAAGCAGAUAUGAUUAGCAAAUAAUCAGAACAUUAUCAAAUAAUAUGAGUGAACAUUAGAUUUUUUUCUCUACUCCAAAAUUUGUAAGCGAUCUUAUCCAUAUUUCCGAAGUUCUGAAAACUGUUUCUUAGCCUGAAAGAAAUGAUAUGCUCACAACAUUAGUUGAGUAAUUAAAUAAAAACUUACCAGCAAAUAUCUACAUCCCGAUAUCUCAUGAUAAUAUAAUUCAAUCAAAAUUUAAGACAAAUAAAAAUAGAAAGGCGGUUAUAACUAAUCAUAAAAUUCUUUAGGUAUGCACUGACUAUAAUUUCUGUCUUCAUUCUAAAGAGAGAGUACCCUAUCAUAUAAUAAUUGAGAUUGAAUAUGAUGAAAAUGACAUAGCAAAUAGUCGUAGAUCAUCAUAAAGUGAGGAAGAAUCUUCGCAUUUAUCAAAUAAUGAUGGAGAUUUUAAGGGUGCUACUGCUCCAACCAAGAAAUUGUCUCAAUCAUUAAAAGCACCUUAGAAAAGUGCAAAGUCUACAGGAGACUCAAAAAAGUAAAAUAAGACAUAAAAGGGUGCUUAAUAAUAGUAAUUUAUUGAAAUGCAGGUAUUUAACGACUUCUAAACAUAAAGAAAGGAGAGCGGCCACAUCUUCUCAGAUGAAGAAAUGAAAUAAAGUAAGUAUCUUGGUGAAGAUGACGAAUUUUAAGUUUAGAGAAAAACAAAGUCGCUUGAAAAUGAGAGAAAUGUAAAUAAAAAGUACAGACUAGAGAAUAAUAAGCUAACAAAGGAAUAUUCCUAGGAUUUUCUUGAAGAGUACAAGAGUGUGACUAAUCCUUUCAAUAAUAAGCCCUAGAAGAAGAACAAAUUUGCUAAGAAAAUUUAUGAGUCCGAUAUAAACGAAAGCUCAGCCUAAAAAUAAAACGGUUCUGAAACUAAUUUCGAAGAUAAAAGUGAUGAGGAUGAUGAAUUUCUUUAUUAUAAGUAUUAGAGAAGGAGCAUUUUAUAAAAAUUAUGCUCAUGCUUCACAACUUAGUAGUAAUUGAUAAAUAUGGAAAAAGAGUAGAGCAAACCUAGUGGGAUAUUUGGCUAAAAAAGUUUCCUUGAAGUUUAGGAGGAAUUAAGAGAAAAAAGCAGAUUUAAAAAUCUAAAAAAUCAUGGAUAUAUCUCUGUAAUUAUUAAAAGUGGGGAUGAUUUAAGACAAGAAUAGUUUGCAGCUCAAAUGAUAUCGAAGUUCAAAGAUAUUUUUGACAGUCAUAAAUUGAAACUAUGGUUAAAGCCAUUCAAUAUCAUAGCGACUUGUAAUGAUGGUGGACUUAUUCAAACCAUUUCUGAUGCAAUCUCUAUUGAUAAAUUAAAGAAAACAUUUACACAGUUCUAAGAUCUUAGAACUUAUUUCAUUAACACAUAUGGUGGUAAUAAAUCUCAAGGUAACAACAAAGAAUCAUCAAGAAAGAGAAAAUUUAAGGAUGCCAGAAAUGCAUUUAUUCAAUCUAUGGCUGGCUAUUCCCUCUUAUGCUAUAUAUUAUAAAUCAAAGAUAGACACAAUGGAAAUAUCCUUCUUGAUAGUAAGGGACAUGUGGUUCAUGUUGAUUUUGGAUUCCUAUUGUCAAAUAAUCCUGGAGGAGUUAAAUUUGAAGCUGACUCAUUCAAACUAACUUAGGAAUAUGUCGAUGUAAUGGGUGGAACUUCAUCCCCUCAUUAUGAUAAAUUUACUAAACUAAUGACAAAAGGAUUCCUCUGUCUUCGAGAGCAUGCUGAGGAAAUUAUCUCAUUUGUAGAGAUGACAAUGAUAUCUGGAAUUGACCUUCCUUGUUUCUAAGGAUCAGAUAGAGUACUUGAGUCUUUAAGAGAAAGAUUUAAGUUAGCAAUGACUAAAAAAGAAUGUAAAUUAUUCAUAAGAUAAAUGGUCAACAAAUCAGCAGGCAAUCUAAGAACCAAAUUAUAUGAUUUCUACUAAAAAAAGACUGUGGGUAUUUGGUGA